AUGGCGUUUCGCGGACCGUUUAUCACUGAACUCUGCGAUUGUGAAUCUUUACGAGACGACGACAAAAUCGACGUUCGAUCGAAACGAUUGCGAUGCUUUAAGAAAUCAGUUAAAGCGUUUUACAAAAACCGUUCGUGCUCUACAAAAACUCUUUUCAACACCAUAUUCAACGGAAUAUAUAGAGUGCAAGACGUUCAACUGCGUUUAUUGAUAAUCGAAUCGAUUCAUGACGACGACGACGACGACGACGAUCCAACGAAAAAAUCCAUAUCGUCUUUCACAUCGUGUCUGGCCGAAGCGUGUAUCGUGGAAAAUUUUUUGAAAUCAUACGCCACAACUCAUCCUUUAUAUCACGCCGAGUGUAUGAGUGAGAACGUCAAACAGUAUUUACGUGGUCGUAAUUAUUUUUUCUCUUUGUGA